AUGGGUUUAUGCCAAAGUGAGGAAGCAAAAGAUCAAUCAAAAAGAAAUCGUUCAAUUGAUAAUAAAAUAAGAGAUGAAGCUAGAGCUGAAAAAAAUACUUUUAAACUUUUAUUGUUAGGUGCCGGAGAAUGUGGAAAAAGCACAUUAAUGAAGCAAAUGAGAUUUAUGCAUAACAAAGGUUUCUCAGAAGAGGAAUUAUUACAACAAAGGGCUGUUGUUUAUUCAAAUACUGUACAUGCAAUGGCAGACUUACUUAAAGGAAUGGAAAAAUAUAAUAUUACAUUUAGAGAUGAAAGUAGAAGGUUAGAUGCAAAACUUGUUUUUGAAACAAUUGCAAAAGGAAAGGAACAAGAAGCAUUUAGUGAUGAGCUUGCUGUUGCAAUGAAACGUUUAUGGGAAGAUCCUUCAUUAAAUAAAGCCACAUAUUCCCAUGCAUUAGAACUUAAUUUGCAAAGUUCAACAAUGCAUUUUCUAGAUUCGAUUGAUCGAAUAAGUAACCCAACAUAUAGGCCUUCUGAUCAUGAUAUUUUAUUGACAAGAAUUAGAACUACUGGAGUUAAUGAACAAACAUUCACCAUAAAUGCCAUGAAAUUUAGAGUUUUUGACGUUGGCGGGCAAAGAUCUGAAAGGAAGAAGUGGAUUCAUUGCUUCGAAAAUGUUGAUUCAAUUAUUUUUGUUGCUGCAGCCUCAGAAUAUGAUGAAGUUUUGUUUGAAGAUGGAGAAACAAAUCGAAUGGUUGAAUCUAUGCGUAUUUUUGAGUCAAUUUGUAAUUCUCGAUGGUUUUUGAAUACUUCAAUUAUUCUUUUUCUUAAUAAAAAAGAUUUGUUUGAAGAAAAAAUUAAAAGAACAUCAAUACGUGUUUGCUUUAAAGAAUAUGAUGGUUUCCAAACUUAUGAACAUUCAAUGGCUUAUAUAAAACAAAAAUUUGUCGAUUUAAACGCUAACCCACAAAAAAUGAUUUAUGUUCAUGAAACAUGUGCAACAGAUACUGAUCAAGUUCAAAUGAUUCUCGAUUCCGUCACCUCAAUUAUUGUACAAACCUCCCUUGGAAGGUCCGGUCUUUACUGA